AGUACAGUUAGACAGCUCAGAGUGAGAAGAUUGAAGCUACGUUGAUAGGAUGAUCCUUUUCUUACCAAUCUUGCUAUCGCUGGCAAGCUUAGCUCAGGGAUCAGUAUUUUUGCAUCGUCCUCCUUUACAAUACACCCCAGGAAAUAGCCUUGAUGAAUGUAAGCAACGUUUCCCAGACAAAAAGUAUAAACCAACGAUAGUACCAGCGGUAUCUGGCAGGCGUCGAGCCUUUCAGGGAGAGUUUCCACACAUGGCCGCGAUCGGGUGGACAAGAACAGACGCACCAAUCGAUUAUCUUUGUGGAGGCAGUUUAAUAACUUGGAAGUUCGUUCUAACAGCCGCUCAUUGUUCUGCUGACAUAGACAACAUACCUCCGGAUACAGUACGAUUGGCCGAUACAGAUCUCGCUAGCACAAGCGAUGACGAGUUCGCACAACAAAUCCCAAUCGCACGCAUUAUCAAACAUCCGCAGUAUCGAUGGUCGCGAAAGUACUACGAUAUUGCCGUUGUUGAACUCGAGGAGUACGUUAAACCAAACAAAGCAAUUUGUGUUGCGUGUCUGUGGCGUGAAAAAAACGUUCCGGGAGACCUGAUGGAUGCGGUUGGUUUUGGUGCUCUUGGGUUUGGAGAAAGGCUCAGCUCAACCCUGCAGAAGAUAAAACUACAGGCCCUAGACGAGACGAUAUGUGCUAAACGUUUACCGGCCAUGCGACGCGAAAUGCCGGAAGGCUUGCGUGACGAUCAGCUGUGUGCACAUAGUGCAACCAUGGACACGUGUGAAGGCGACUCGGGAGGCCCACUGCAAACGGAUCGAACCGAUUUGUUAGGCAAGACGUACGCGCUUAUAGUAGGAGUGGUAGCGUUUGGCACUCCUUGCACUAAUGGGUCAACGGGGGUAUACACCAGAGUUAGCUCGUACCUGGAUUGGAUCGAGGAAGAAGUAAAAGAGUCUCUUAGCCCGGAGGUUUGUAUUGAGGAGGACUAUUGCAAUCGUAAAAUGAACCCAUCCAUUUAUGGUAAGGUUGACAAAAUAUGGGAAAGCAGUCGCGUUGGGCUGCUGUGGCAGGAAUACGAAACGGACAUCCAUCAGUGCGGUGGACUCCUGGUUGACUACCAGUUUGUUAUCACAUCGGCGAGCUGUGUUACUUCCAGUAAAGGACCUCCAAGAUACGUAGCCCUUAGCUCUGAUAGCGAUCGUGCUGCUAUAGAAUCAGUGACUGUUCAUCCAUGGUUCACAAAGGGCCACCCAUAUUUUGAUAUCGCCGUUAUAAAGCUCCGAGUGUAUGCUAAUUUAGAUGAAAUAUAUCCAGCUUGCAUAUGGUCGGAGUCGGUGCACGGUGAUUGGAGAACUCCCGACAUUCUGGUAGGAGCUUCUUAUCUGGAAAAGCGACGCGAUUUGUACACCAGAAAAUCGGUUCAAUACUAUGUUAAAGGCGAUAAUUGCAGUGUAGGAGAAAAUGUUGAUUACAACGAUCUUAGCUGCAUCAGUAAGGAUGCUACACUAGUGCCAGGAAUAUGCAAGAUUGACCAUGGAGGUCCAGUAAUGAAGAAAUUCGGCAAAAAACAGUACAUCGUACAUGGUAUCGUGUCCAGUUUGACGCAGGGCUGUGAAGGUAAAGUGAUCUACACCAGUUUGGCACCUCACCGACAAUGGUUGGAGGAGAUCAUGUACAAACAGCAGAAAGAUAUGCUAUGGAUGUAGUGUAGUCUGAACAGAAUAAUAAAAGGUAAAACACUAUAGUUGAACUAAAACAA